AUGCCGUCCGAGCAAUUUCGGCUGCAGACCGUGGAGGCCCUGCGGAACACCCGCAAAGGGCGGCUGCGCUACUGCCGCGACUGGAGCCCGCUCGAGGAGGGCAUCUUGGAAGAGGAUAAAGCCCCUCCGGUGUUGUCUCGUUGUACAGGUUGGGUGCUUGAAAAAAUCAUCUCCCAUUCUCCAAAGUCAGAUGCUCCUCUCUUGGCAAAAUCCACUCCUGAAGGAGCGUCCCUUUUCCAUGGUUUAUCAUUAAUUGAUGCCUCUCCUGUCAAUCAGGACAGCCCCCUGCCCUCGUUAAUAGAAGCCCCAGCUGACGUCCAGAAAUGGAGAAGCACGGAGAGCAACCAGGAGCCCCUCACCCUGACCCCCCCGUCCAAAAGUACGGGAGUCGAAGGCCUCAUUCAUUUGCACAAGGAGAUCCAGAAGCUGAAAGGAAAGGAGCAGCUGAAGCAACGCUUGGAGCAGCAGGAGCAGGCGGGGAAGGCCGCCACCGAAGAGGCCAGCGAGUUGCUGAAGCGUUUCGACGAGCUGAAGGAGCUGAAGCAACACCAGGAGUACCAGCACCUUCAGCAAGAGAUGGAGAACAGCUCCAAAGAGGCUCAAGGCCAGCAGGAAAAACUGAAGGAGGAACAUCGGCGCAGAGCCAAGCUUUUGAGCCGGAAGCUCCGUGAGGCCGAGCAGCAGCGCCAGCGGCAGGAAAACCUGGAGCGCCAGCGGCGGGAGGAGAGCCAGGAGCGCCUGCGCCGCCUCUACGCCAUCCAGGAGGAGGUCCUGCAGAUCCACCAGCAAGUCGGCCUGGGCGCCAGGCAGAAAGAGCUGCCCACCAUCGAUUUCUCCCUCUUCAACAACCGGGGCAAUCAGCUCUGCGGGGAGGUCUCUGCCUUGGUCCGCAUGGCCAACGAGCAGGCUUUCCCCACCGAGGCCGAUGUGGCUUCCGCUGACCACGUCCUGCUCAAAAUGCACCAGCUCCUUUCCGACAUGCAGCAAGAAAUUGGUUUGGCCCUGGAAGAGAAAAAGAAGAAGGAGGAGGAGGAGAAGGUGGUUUUGGCUGCGGCUGCAGCAGCCGAGGCCCAAAAAACAGAGGAACUGCAGAAACAGGAGCUGGCAAAAUCCCAGGCUUCAGAUCCUGGAAAUCUUGCUGGAGGGCUUCAGGUAAAGGCAGACGCGUCCAUCAUGAAGUGGUACCAGGAGUUACAGAAAGAAUGCCAGCAGUGUGUGGCUUCCUUCAGCUGCUUGGCCAGCAGCAAAGACACGCAGGAGAAAAAAAUCAAAAUGGAAUUUCAGAAAUCUGCCACCAUCCCUGUUAGCCAGAUUUCGACCAUCGCAGGUUCUCAGCUGAAGGAGAUAUUUGAAAAAAUCAAUAGCUUCCUUUCGGGAAAGUACGUGCAGUGUGGGGGCCACAAAGUAUCUGUCACGCAGCACCCCGAAGGCCUGGAGUUUGUUUAUUUCAAACUGGCUGAAAAGUUUGUGAAACAAGGCGAAGAAGAGGUAGCCUCUCACCACGAAGCUGCGUUCCCCAUUGCCGUGGUGGCGUCUGGCAUCUGGGAGCUGCACCCCAAGGUGGGCACCCUCAUCCUGGCUCAUUUGCACAAAAAGUGUCCUUACGCCGUCCCCUUCUACCCUGCAAUGAAGGAAGGCACCCCCCUGGCAGAGUAUCAGAGGACCCUUGGCUACCAAGUGAAGGAUGGGAAAGUAGAGCCUCAAGACAACUUUCUAAAACGGAUGUCUGGAAUGAUCCGACUCUAUGCGGCCAUCCUGCAGCUUCAGUGGCCGUAUCAGGAUAAACAAGGGACUCACCCACACGGAUUAAACCAUGCCUGGCGUUGGCUGGCACAGAUGUUGAACAUGGAGCCUCUGGCAGAUGUGACAGCAACCGUUCUGUUCGAUUUCCUGGAGGUGUGUGGGAAUGCUCUCAUGAAGCAGUACCAGGUGCAAUUUUGGAAGUUGCUUCUCCUGAUCCAGGAAGAAUAUUUUCCCAGGAUUGAAGCAAUUACCAGCCCCGGAGAAAUGGGCUCCCUCAUACGAUUCAAGCAAUUUUUAAAGGAAUGCUUACAACGAAAAAACAUUCCUCUCCCCAAAGGCUAUUUGCCACCCUCUUUUUGGAAAUCCUGAGGGUCGGAUCCCCUGGCACUUUUACA